AUGUAGCAAGCUAGUUGUUAUAUAAACGGUUGAUCGUUCAUAAGGCGUUGCAAGCAGUUGGAUGAUAUUCAUUCGGCGAUAUCAGUUCUGUUAUAUCAAAGCGAUUUUCUUUAUCUGAAGUUAUAGCAAAAAGUGUAUCCAAGAGCAAUAAUGAAUUUCACGCAAAUCGCCUUCUACUGGAUGUUCGCAAACCUGUGUGGACGCAUUGUUGAUGGACUUCUAUCAUCUCGCAAACUAAUUUUAAUUUCAUUCGACGCAUUCAAACCAACUUAUUUGGAUAAACAAAUCACACCAUUUAUGGAGAUGUUCUACAAAAACGGAGUUCGGGCUACUCGUAUGAACAACACGUUUCCAACGAAGACAUUCGUCAAUCAUUUCAGCAUUGCAACGGGUUUGAAUCCACAAAAUCAUGGUGUUACCGGCAACGAGGUGUAUGAUCGUGACAAAGGAUUCAUCAAGUAUUCCUAUCCAUUGUUUCACUAUAAUGAAAGUGUGGUUCCAAUUUGGCGAUUGAACGAAGAUCAGAAUGGUCGCACUGGGGUGAUGAUGUGGCCCGGCAGUGAUUUUGCAUAUCAAGGGAAAAAAUGUGCGUUUGAAAUGUCACUCGAUAAAAAGUUUUCCCUUGAAGAUAGAACUGACGUGAUGAUGAAAUGGCUGAAAAAUGGAGCUAAUUUUGUUAUGUUUUAUGUCGAGGAACCUGAUGAACAGGGCCAUCGAUAUGGUCCAGAUUCGCAACGGGAAUUGGAUAUGGUUAAAAGAUUAGAUGCAUUCGUCGUUUAUCUGGAGCAAUCGCUUUUGAUGGAAGGUCUUGAUACUAUAACCGAUAUUAUAAUUCUUUCUGAUCAUGGAAUGUUGACUGUGACGCCACGAAAUUUCAUUGAUUUAUAUGCAUGGAUCAAUGCAAACAAGUGCAAAACGUACGGCACAUCGCCGGUUCUUCAAGUCAUUUGCAGUGAUGGUAAAGCCAAUGAGGCAUGUAAAAAUUUAACGGAAGGAGCUAAGACCGUGGGAAAUACAUUCAAUGCGUACACGGAUGAACAAUUACUUGAUAGAUGGUUUGUUCGAAAUCAGCAAAGAUUCGGACCAUGUGUUGUAGUUGCUGAACCAGGGUAUGCUUUCCAAGAUAUGUUUGAUCUCGCUGAGUGGUUUUUCAAUGAAAGUGGUAUCAAAAUUUCAAUGAAUAGUCCAUAUGGAGUACAUGGAUACGAUAACUGGGAGCCUUCGAUGAAGCCAUUUUUCAUAGCAAAAGGGCCGAGCUUCAAAAGCGGAGUUACAAUCGACGAUGAAUUUUCGAACAUUGACUUGUAUUACCUUUUCUGUAAACUUCUGGGCAUCAAAUCGAUCCAAGUGGAUGGCGUUAAUCGACACGAUAUUUGGCAAAAGAUGCUCACCGUCUAA